UUAUAAGACUCUUUAUCUAUCUAGUCACACAUAAGCAUAUAUGAGAAGAACAAAGAUGCCAGUAGAAUCAAUUUCUAAGACUCCGGUUCAUGUAUCUUUUUUGUUUUUGUCAUUAUUUUCCCUUACUGUGUCCUCUGCACAUACUUGUGAUGUUCGGUGGAUUGUUGGCUACAGCAAAUGUUAUACGGUUCAUCAAAAACUGUUAACAUGGAAUGAAGCUAUGCUUUAUUGCCAGUCUCGUGGAGGACAUCUUGCAAACAUUGAAACAGAACAGGAAAGAGGUUUGAUCCAAUCAAUAAUGGAAACAUUUAAUCCUGGGAUAUACUGGCUGGGCGGAAAAGAUGACAUCACUGAAGGUGAUUGGCGUUGCAACCAUCAAAAGAUAAGAUAAACGGAACAUUCUGGAACCCCGGCGAACCUAACGAAUUUACGGGAAAUGAGGAUUGUCUAACUACAUCGAUAUUUGAAAAUGGUCUCUGGAACGAUAGAGCAUGUGGCAAUUAUUACUGUACUAUUUGUGAAAAAUAAAAUACGAUAUCAAAUUA